CAGCGGCUGCCCGGCGGCGGGUGCCAGCGGCGGCCGGGCCAUGGCGAGGAGCCGGGCGGUUUACGAGUACACGGAGGCGGAGGACAAAAGCAUGCGGCUGGGCUUCCUCCUCAUCGCCGCCGGUCUGCUCUCCCUGCUGGGCUUGGGGUGCUGCUGGCUCCGGCCGGCGCUGCAGGAGCGGGGCGGCGGCGGCUCCGCCAACUGCACGGUGCUGGCGGUGCGGCAGCUGGGGGAGCGCUUCGCCUGCACCUUCUCCUGCGGGGCCGCCUGCCGCGGCACGGCCCGCUACCCCUGCCUCCAGGUCCUGGUCCGCACCUCCCGCUCCUCCGCCCCCGCGCUGCUCCAUGAGGACGAGCGGCAGCUCCGCACCAACCCCAAGUGCUCGUACAUCCCUCCCUGCGCAAGAGACGACCAGGAGAACUCUGAGAAUGUCACGUACAAGCAGAAAUACUGGAAAGAGAAAGUGGGUUCAGAACCAUUCACAUGCUAUUUUAACCAGCACUUGAGGCCAGAUGAUGUGAUGCUGAAGCGCACCCAUGAUGAGACUGUCCUCUUGCACUGCUUCCUCUGGCCUCUGGUUACGUUCCUGGUUGGAGUCCUCAUCGUGGUCCUGACCAUCUGUGCCAAGAGCUUGGCUGUCAGGGCAGAGGCAAUAAAAAAGAAGAAGCAUUUGUAAACGGCAAG